AUGACAAAGUGGAGAAAGCGUGCGGACUGGCUGUAUGAGAACUUCAUCACUAACACGAAGCAGGCCAAGGAGUCGCUAGCUGAGCUUAUGGCAUUUGCAAAUGGGGACAGCACCACACCAGUCCUCACCCACUACUGUUUGAUCGGACAGUCUGGUCGACCAGACUGCUGCUCCUCAGAUGCUGAGGCUAUUUGCAAGUGGUUGUCGCAUUGCAUUCCAUUUCUUUGUCGAGGGUACCAAUGCCCGUUGCUGUACAGGAUGAAACACUAUGGCCCAGCAAGCUCAUUUGUGAUGCUGACGACAUGCUUCUUCAGGAUACUCCCCAAUGUACUUGGGCACAUGGAGGCAUCAACGGGAAACCUCGAUGAAGACAUGGAGACAUUAGUGGACACCUUGCUUGCUGACAUUGGUGUGGGCUCAUCAGGUGCUGCUGCUGAUUUCCAGCAUUUGCUUGCUGAUGCAUUGGAUGCGCAGCAGAACUACCAACUUCAAAACAGUGUGCGCAGAAAAAUGAUGAUCCAGGAGGUCUGCAAGCCUGGAUUUGAGCAAUCCUCCAUGGUGAUUGAUGCUCUGAUAAACCCGAUGGAAGUUGGAGUCAACAAAAUGCUAGGUCACACAAAGUGCCUUCAUGACUUGGCUUUUGUGGGGGCGGCUCACCCGCAAGGGCAAGAGCUUCAGGAAAAGACCAAACGCAUAUUCUUGGAGGUUGUGUCCGGGGACUUUGGACGUCACCUUAUGUGCCGGUAUGUGACCUUCUUGAAUUCAGGCCUUUGGGAAGCGAAUGAGAUGGGGUUGGAAGCUACAGGAUCCCGGCUGGACCACAUCUUCAAAAUGGUCAUCAUCAUUUGCACAGACAUUUGGCGCCGAUUUGUUUAUGACUUCACGUUUCCUCCCUGGACACUCUUCGGCUUAAUUGGGCUUUCAACAGAGGAGUUUGUGAGACGCUGGGAUGACUUGGAGAAGUCCUUUGCCAAAUGCUGCCAGUGCAUGGACAUUCAGCUGACAGCGGCGUGGCUUCAUCAUUUUUCGGGCCUGGCUUCGGCUCACAUUGAUGUUCAAAGCAAGGCCUGCGCAGAGAUCCAACAAGUCUUGGUUGACAUUGCGGGGUUUACUCCUCUGACUUCUGACGUGGUCGAGUUGAAAAACGGACAAACCCAAUGGUCCGUGUCCAAGAGGGGGCGAGUCAGCGUCAAGAACCCGAGGUCUGCCACCGAGACAACACUACUCCAAUCUGUACUUAAGCAGCACGUGUGGAUCAAGGAGGUUGUUGGAGCAGAGACCCUUCCCAAAAAGAGUGUGAGCAGUGGCAUAUUGAAGAUGGUGGGAACCAAUUCCUCGAAUCAGCACAGGCAGCAGUCGCGAGUGGCUCAUGCCCAGAAACGCAAGAUUCGACGGUUGUGCGGAUGGAAUGCCUACCAGAGACACCGGCUGGAGGGCAUGUCCUUGUCGCUGGUGGAUUACAAAGAGAAGGUGCGGCAAAUCAGUCAGGACUGGCGCAACAUGAGUCAAGAAGACCGAGAUGCGUUUGAAAUUGAAGCACAACAACAACAGCACAGACUAGAUGACUUGUCGCAGCAGCCACUACCAUCUGCCACUGGUGCAUCAAAUCAGCAAGAAGAUCCAACUACGAAUUGCUGGCGCAAUGGGGCAAAGAAACGGUCUGCCCGUCGCUUAUUGGUCAACAAGUCCGCUUUUGCAUCGCAUACACUUUGGGAUUUGCCGACACAGUAUGGAGACAGUCUUUUGGCAAAAAGUUGCAAAAAGUUUAAGGGUCAUUUUCGGUCAUUCGGAGAAUCAAUCGUGGUUUGUUACCACAUCGGGGGCAAAGUACUAUGA